GGCCACUGGCCUCCCUGUGCAGCCAGGAAACUGGCUGGGGAGUGGCACUGGAGCAGCUGCAGCAAAUCUCAAAAUAAGGAGGCAACUGCCUCUCUCCUCCUCCUCUCCAUCUCCCCACAGCACACCUUUCUUUUCUUUUCUUCUUCUUUUUUUAUUUUUUUAAGCCCCAUGGAAGGUUUUACUUGUAGAUCAACUUUCAAAAUGUAAGAAGUCAGAAUGAGUGUCAUCAUCAGAAAAAUAUGUGGAGCUGAUUUCGACGAGAAGUGAAGAACCCAGAGCAAGAAAGCGAUUAUAACUCCUGAGCCCAGGGAGUUGGCAGCGUCUGGGUUUCAGAGGAGCCAGCGCCUCCGAGUUAUCUUGAAGUGAGGCUCUGCCAAACUACUGUUCAUCUGGCUGCAAGAUCUGAACGCUGUGACUGCUAAUUCGUUGAACCAAGACUCUGAGGCUGAUAUGCAAUGUCACUUACAACAUUAAUCAGAUACUGCAUUUAAGUGCUGGUAUCAGUGGUUUGAUUUUCAGCAAAUGUGACAGUGGCCUUUGCAGUGGUCAGCUCCGGGCUUUGAACUCUCAGAGGAGGAAGGGAAAAAAAAUUCAACACACCACCUCUUUGGUUGCAGUCUCAGAGAAACCUUGGAUGAGAAACUUCUUUUUUCAAUCCUGUUUUCCUGUUGAUAAAUUCAGUUCUCGUGAUCACAGUACAUUCAAGCUGUUCUGCGUAUGAUUUUGUGUGUGUGUGACAAUUGCAUCUAAAACUUGUGAGCAAGAAGACGGAGAAAUCAGUUGGUCUCCAUCGCUUUACAUAAAAAUGGCUGAGUGUCUUGUCAUGCUAGCACUGCACUAAGUGAUACAUACAGAUCUUGAUGUGGAGGAAAUGGAGGACUCAGAACCAAGGAUUUCCAAGUGAUUUCUUCCAAAGCACGAGAAACUAACUUUGUCAAGGCUGGUCUGGUCUACCUGAGAUGACAGUCAUGUCCCUUUCCAGGGACCUCAAGGACGACCUUCACAGUGACACAGUGCUCUCCAUCUUAAAUGAGCAACGCAUCCGGGGCAUUUUAUGUGAUGUCACUAUAAUUGUGGAAGACACCAAAUUUAAAGCCCACAGCAAUGUCCUGGCCGCUUCAAGCCUUUAUUUCAAAAACAUCUUUUGGAGCCAUACAAUCUGUAUUUCCAGCCACGUCCUGGAGCUGGAUGAUCUCAAAGCCGAAGUGUUUACAGAAAUUCUUAAUUAUAUUUACAGCUCCACAGUUGUCGUCAAGAGACAGGAAACAGUCACCGAUCUUGCAGCUGCAGGAAAAAAGCUGGGAAUAUCCUUCUUGGAAGAUCUCACCAAUCGCAACUUCUCAAAUUCCCCAGAUCCCUACGUAUUCUGCAUUACUGAAAAGGGAGUGGUUAAAGAAGAAAAAAAUGAAAAAAGGCAUGAAGAACCAGCCAUCACUAAUGGGCCACGGAUCACAAAUGCAUUUUCUAUCAUUGAAACAGAAAAUAGUAAUAACAUGUUUUCUCCACUAGACUUGAGGGCAAAUUUCAAGAAGGUCUCUGACUCCAUGAGAACCGCUAGCCUUUGCCUAGAGAGGACUGAUGUCUGUCAUGAGGCGGAGCCUGUCCGUACCCUCGCGGAGCACUCGUAUGCCGUUUCUUCCGUGGCCGAGGCUUACCGAAGUCAGCCUGCAUGUGAGCGAGCUAGCAGUUCGCCCAGUAAAGCAGGUAAAGAAAACGGUGACGCUCUUACAGCAAAACCGAAAACAUGCCGAAAGCCAAAGACACUCUCUGUACCCCAGGACUCUGAUUCAACCACAGAAAAGAUACCGCCCCCUCUAGUAACCCAUGCAGAGGUUAAUCAAGAAAGAAGUCCGCAGCCAGCUGCGGUUCCUUCUGGUUCAAAGUCUCCCAACAAUGAAGGCGAUGCCUGUCUUUCCAGGGAAGAUGAAACUAAAUCCUCUGACGUCCCUGGGCCGCCAGCAGCAGAGAUCCCACCUCUCGUUUACAAUUGUAGCUCUUGCUCCAAAUCCUUUGACAGUAGCACUUUGCUGAGUGCCCACAUGCAGCUCCAUAAACCAACCCAGGAGCCUUUGGUAUGCAAGUACUGCAACAAACAGUUCAGCACCCUGAACAGAUUAGAUCGGCACGAGCAGAUCUGUAUGAGGUCAAGCCACAUGCCCGUUCCGGGAGGAGAUCAACGCUUUUUAGAAAACUAUCCUACCAUCGGACAAAAUGGAGCUGCCUUCACAGGUCCAGAAUCGUUAUUAUCCGAAAACAGGAUUGGUGAAUUUUCCAGCACCGGAAGUACUUUGCCAGAAAUGGACCACAUGGUUAAAUUUGUGAAUGGGCAAAUGCUCUAUAGCUGUGCUGUAUGCAAACGUAGUUAUGUGACUUUAUCCAGUCUCCGAAGACAUGCAAAUGUUCAUUCAUGGAGAAGAACGUACCCUUGCCAUUACUGCAACAAAGUAUUUGCAUUGGCUGAGUACAGGACAAGACAUGAAGUUUGGCAUACGGGAGAAAGGCGCUAUCAGUGCAUUUUCUGCCUGGAAACUUUCAUGACCUACUAUAUACUCAAAAACCAUCAGAAGUCUUUCCAUGCCAUAGAUCAUAGACUCUCCAUCAGUAAGAAAACAGCAAAUGGAGGCUUGAAGCCCAGCGUCUAUCCAUAUAAACUUUAUAGGCUACUGCCUAUGAAAUGCAAGAGGGCUCCCUAUAAGAGCUACCGAAAUUCUUCCUUUGAAAACUCUCGAGAAAACAGUCAGGUGAAUGAGUCUGCACCUGGUCCCUAUGUUAUUCAGAACCCACGCAGCUCUGAAUUACCUGUCCUGAAUUUCCAAGACAGCGUAAACACCUUGACCAAAAGUCCAACUGUCCCACCGGAAACAUCCACAUGUCAAGACGGAUCCACUUCUGCCAAUGUACAAAAUGCAGAGGGGACCAAAUGGGGAGAGGAGACAUUGAAAGUUGAUCUUGACAAUAACUUUUAUUCAACUGAGGUGUCAGUGUCUUCCACUGAAAACGUCGUCAGUUCUGAGCUCCCAGCCGGGGAUGCGCCUGUCCUGGCUCUGAGUAACGGCGGUGAGAACUCAGCCUCUGUCAUCAGCUACAGUGUCUCAGCACCCUCGGUCAUUGUGCACAGUAGCCAGUUUUCAUCGGUGAUUAUGCACAGCAACACUGUGGCUGCCAUGUCCAACAACAACCACGGACCCCCUUCAGAUGUGGCUGUCAGCCUGUCCAUGAAAGACGACAGCAAACCUGAGCCGGACAAAGCAGGGAGAGUUGUCAGCCGACCCAAAAGCUUUAAGGAGAAAAAGAGAACCGUCCCAUGUAACCGGGGAGAAGCACCCGAGGAGUCGAGAUACGAUGCUGAUCCUGGAGGAUCGCUGAGCAAAACCGCAAAUGUCAUCAAAGAAACCAGUAAAAUCGAAACCUACAUUGCAAAGCCUGCUCUCCCUGGAACCUCCACAAAUAGCAAUGUCGCCCCCCUUUGCCAAAUAACGGUCAAAAUUGGGAACGAAGCCAUUGUGAAAAGGCAUAUCCUGGGAUCUAAACUGUUCUAUAAAAGAGGGAGAAGACCCAAGUGUCACAUGAAGGAGGAGAGUUUGCCACAAGAGAGUGACCCAGAGACCAACGGAGAGAGCCCGCUUGGGCUUUGCCAAUCCGAGUGUGUGGAGAUGAACGAAAUGUUUGAUGACGCGAGUGACCAGGACUCUACCGACAAGCCAUGGCGCCCUUACUACAACUACAAACCCAAAAAGAAAUCCAGACAGUUGAGAAAAAUGCGGAAGGUCAGCUGGAAGAAAGAGCAUGAAAACAGGAGCCCCAGCAAUAAGUAUAAAUACCCGGCAGAACUGGACUGUGCUGUGGGGAAGUCUCCUCAGGAGAAGGCCUUCGAGGAAGAAGAAAAUAAAGAGAUGCCCAAGUUGCAGUGUGAGCUCUGUGAUGGAGACAAGGCCUGGGGGGCUGGAAACCAGGGAAAGCCCCAUCGGCAUCUCACCGCCAGGCCCUACGCCUGCGAGCUGUGCGCCAAGCAGUUCCAGAGUCCUUCCACGCUCAAGAUGCACAUGAGGUGUCAUACCGGAGAGAAGCCGUACCCGUGCAAGACCUGUGGACGGUGCUUUUCCGUGCAAGGAAACUUGCAGAAGCACGAACGCAUCCACCUGGGCGUGAAGGAGUUCAUCUGUCAGUAUUGCAACAAGGCGUUCACGCUGAAUGAGACCCUCAAAAUCCAUGAGAGAAUCCACACUGGCGAAAAGCGCUACCACUGUCAGUUCUGCCUUCAGAGUUUUUUGUAUCUCUCCACAAAAAGGAAUCAUGAGCAGAGGCAUAUUUGGGAACAUAACGGGAAGGGCUAUGCCUGUUUCCAGUGCCCCAAAAUCUGCAAAACAGCUGCUGCCCUUGGAAUGCACCAGAAGAAACACUUAUUCAAAAGCCCAAAUCAGCAGGAGAAAAUAGAAGGUGAUACGUGCCACGAAAACUCAAAUCCGCUGGAGAAUCCACAUUUCAUGGAUUCAGAAGACAAUGACCAAAAGGAUAAUGUACAAACCAUUGUUGAAAAUGUCCUUUGAAUGGC